UUCGCUGUUUGCCAACAGCCAUGGGAGGCGGAAGAAGAAGAAGAAGAAGCGGAAGUUUACGAGGAAGCUGAAAUGUCUCACGUUAAGGAGUAUUUGGACAAAGUGACGCGUAUUUAUGAACGCUACACCGAGUAUGUGAGGAGAAACCCAGCUGCCACCGCGCAGCUGGAGAGUACCGUGCGGACUCUCUCUUACCUGCUCGCAGGGAGAUUUACAGAUUCCCAUGAAAUAUCUGAACUAGUGUACUCUGCCUCCAAUCUCCUGGUGCUAUUCAAUGACCACAUUCUGCGCAAAGGGCUGAGAUGUACCUUUCCUGUGUCCAUCUCUCAACAGAGGCUCCUGACUUGGCUGUCUGUGCUGGAGUAUGUGGAGGUCUUCCUGGAGAUGGGGGCCUGUAAGCUGUGGGGUGAAGUUGGACGAUGGCUUGUCAUCGGACUUAUUCAGAUUUUUAAGGCAGUUUUUCGGAUUGUGCUUCUUCUGUGGUACAAAUCUGGCAUCCAGACUUCACCUCCCAUAAUCCCCCUUGACAGAGGUGGAGACUUUGCUGGUGAAGAUGAAAGUAACACAGAGCAGCAGGAAGACACCUGCUUUGUGGGCCAGAGGUCAGGACGAGUCAUUAGGCCGCUCGGCAGUGCUCCCUCGCUGCACACCCGGCUCUGGGGAGCACCGAGUCAAAAAAAGCAAAGGAGCAGCUUAAAGGAAACACUCAACAGCCAACCAACACCUUUGGGGCUCCAAGAGACAAUUGCUGAGUCUGUGUACAUCGGACGGCCCCUGGCACACCUACUCUGCCUUGGACUCUUUGGAAAACAGUCUUGGAAGCCAUGGCUCAUCUCUGGAGUCCUUGAACUAUCCAGCUUCGCUGUGCUCAGUGACAUCAAAUUUCAAAAUCGAUGGGAGAGGGCCGAGAUGAGGAGGAGAGCCUUUCUGUUGUUCUACUACCUUCUGCGUUCCCCCUUCUAUGACAAAUACUCUGAGGAAAAGAUUCUGUUCCUGCUCAGACUUUUGGCUGAUCAUGUUCCAGGAGUCGGGCUUGUGGCACGUCCCCUGAUGGAUUAUCUCCCCACCUGGCAGAAGAUCUACUUCUACAACUGGGGCUAAAACCUGCACUCAGUUCUUUGACGUUUGCUAAUCAGCUGGAGAAACUGCACAAAAGAACCAUCAGUUGCCAGGAUGUAACAGAGACAGAGACUCUUGCAAUAAUUCCUCAGAAAUCAGAUAAAAUGAUUGGAAAUGACUGGCCUGCAGUGAGGGACAUUUCAAAAAUCGAAUUAUUACAGUCAUUAUAAUUAAAAUCCCAGCGCUCAGCAAGUUUUUCGGUACACAAAGUAUGUGUCCCAAAUCUUUGCAGUGUAGACACACUGAGUCUGUGAUUUAUAGCAGAAUCUCUUUGUGAACUCCGCCCAUCAUUGCACUGCUUUAUCUGUCAAUAACAGAUGAUCUAUUUCAGCAGCUCGCUGCAGAGAGGACUUGGAAGGUGGACCCAUGUAAAUACAGUGAGCCUACACGUUAAAGCAAACCAUGUCUUCAUAAUACAUGAACUGUGGCCCACACAAUUGCUCUCAUUUGCUAACAGUCUGCAUGCACAAAUAUAAUUUGUUAUUAUUGUUCUUGCCUUUUGGUAAUUUAUAGAUUUCCAAAUGCUCAAAAUUACAGUUAAGUAACCGACUGACAGGUUAGUCUGAGGUUAGCUGCUUUUUUUUUUUCCUGUUUCUUGUGGUCUUUUUUUUUUUUUUUUCAAAUCAAUGUUAAAAUCCCAAAUCUUAAUUAUUCCAGCUUUUUUUUUUUUUAACCUUUUAGAUUUAAAAACAAACACUGAAGAAACACUUUGGAAGGGUUUCCGUUCUGUCUGCCUUGGUAGAAACCCACAAAUGAUAAAUUCAGCAGGUUUUUCUUUUUGUGAAAAGCAAAAAAAAAGUCGACCCUGUUGUAAUUAGGUGAAAUGUGGAUGAUUAAUUAGAUGGAUAGAUAUCAGUUGAACAGUGAUGAAAUUUGAUUAUUUAUAACAUUUGAAUCAAACUGUGUGAUUAAUAGUAACAGUCAGCUAACAAACACUUACGCUAAGGAUAAGCUGAAGCAACAGUGAGUUCUAAGGCUCAGAGCUUGUAAUACACCAGCAUAAACCUUGCAUUGAACAACAGACCUCUGUUCUGGUCAUUCUUCAGAUUUUCCACAAACAGAAUGGAGGGGCUUCAUAUUAAAAGAUAUCCACAGUAUAGUAAUCAUGUUCCCACCAAACAAUAACCUCCAGGGCUGGAAGGUGAGAGCUAAAUCACUUAUACCAAAACCAGUUCAGUUUAAUUCAGGUUUAUUUAUAUAGCACCAAUUCACCUGAAACAACUCACCUGAGAGUGUUUGAUACUGAAGCUGAAGAACCUACAAUGUUAGAAAGUUCAAUCACACAGCUCCCUAUGAGCAAGCGUUGGGUGAGGAAGGAAGUACUCAGUUUUAACAGGAAGACACCAACCAGUCCAAACUGCGUGUUUACAGCCUGCUGCAGCACAGUUUGAGUUGCCUGACUGAAAUAUUUCAAAGACUGACUUCAAUUUCUUUGCAUUAAAAUCUGUGGGGCGUCCCCACCGAUGUCACAAUAGCUCCUUAAUAGGUCCAUGGAUUUCCAGUAGCAAAAGUGAUGAUUUUUUUCCCCCACUUUUGGAUCAUUUUCAUGUAGAAGAAAAAGUCUGCUUUUAUAUAAAAAUGUGUGAAUGUUGCACAGAGUAAAAUCUAGGAUGACAGCAACCACAGGUUUAGCUUUGGGUCUUUGUGAGAAAGUUGACGUCAGUGAAAACAAAGCAGAGGUUUUUGAUCUUUAUUAACUGUUUCUUUUUGUAACCUACAAAUAAAUAGUUUUGAAUGUUU